AUGUCGGUCGACGUGCUGUCGUUGGCUUGCAAUAUCAUGGCCGUGAUCGACUCGGGUCAAAAGUUCUACCAGACCUUUCGCGACAUCUACGAAAACGGAAAGCCAGACGCGUCCGCAGAGUCGAAAGCAAGUGAACUCCUCCAUUUGACUGAUAGGCUUGCGGCGUCGGAGAAAAAGGCCCUCCAGUCAAAUGCGGUCCCGGAAGAUGGUCAACUAUCCCAGGUCGCCAAACAAUGUGCCGAAGUUGCCACAAAGCUCCAUGACGAAAUAGAGAAGCUCGCUCCCUCCGAAUCGUCCUCUCGGGUUGGAAAAUUCUUUCGUUCUCUCAAGGCCGCAGCGAAACGCAAUUGGCGACACAGCCGCAUUGAACAACUGAACGAAUCGCUUGAGGACUGCCAAGAUAUAAUGCAAACCACUAUCCUUGUUGAGAUGUACAUGUCCGGCGAAGCGGAAAGGGUGACGCAGCUGGGGCAUUUCGCGAGACUCGAAACUAUGGUGCAAAAUUUUGCCCUUGCUGUUUCGAAGCACGAACUACAAAUGUCCCAGCUUUUGGACAGUCGGUCGCUUCACCAAGAAACACAGGCAGUGGUCCAUGACGAAGUGACAGCUCUAAGAGAAGCGCAGCUCUUGGAUGCAGACUUGGCGCGACUGAAAGCCAGUCUCAAAUUUCCUGGACUCAAUCAGCGAUUCAACGGCGUCGCCAAGGGCCAUGAGAAAUCAUUUCAAUGGCUCAUGGGUAAUGCCAUGGAAACAGUCACACACAACACCGAGCACGACGAGGCCAAAGACGGCAGCGCACAAGAGCCCAGAUACAUUCGAGAGUCACGCAAUGAGACGUUUAACGAUUUCAGACAGUGGCUGAUAUCGGAACCGAGCUCCAAGUUGUAUUGGAUCAGUGGAAAGCCAGGCGCCGGUAAGAGCACGUUGAUGAAGUCUCUUUUCGAGCAGAUGCAAGACAUCAAGCAGGGUAGUGACGAGAAUGCAACAGAGGAGUCACGCCUGGUGAUUCAUCAUUUCUUCUGGCUCGGGGCAUCCAAUAGGCGUUCGCGGCAGAACGAUAUGGAAGGCAUGUAUAUGUCGCUUCUACGCCAGCUCUUGGACUAUGAAGUACAAGAUGGGGUAUCUCUUGCCACUAUGCUUUUGCAAUCAGCCCCUCACCUACGCCAAAUGGAUUCCGAUGCCGACUGGAGUUUCGAGGACUUGAAAGGAACCACGCUGAUGGCUUUGAAUACUCUCGGCAACCGAUACUCGAUCUAUAUUCUGCUAGACGCACUGGAUGAGCACCUUCCAAUACCGCAACAUGAUCAGUUGUUGGCAGCCAUUGGAGAGCUUGAGAAGAUAACUAAUGUUCGACUUGUAGUGACAAGUCGGAGGGAGCGAAUCUUUGAGCAGCAUCUGGCUUAUUCCAGGCAGCUACGACUUCAUACGUUAACGGCACCAGAUAUUCAUCAUUUUGCCUUAGAUUCCUUGCGAGAGCAUGUGCACCGGGCUUUUCAAGAAUCUCAAGAUGAUUCUGCAAUCAAGUUUCUGAACCAAACUGUCGAAACGAUUGUCUGA